GGCGGGCGCUGGUGCGCGGGCGCCGGGCGGAGGAUGCGCCGGGCGCGGCGGGGCGGCUCCCCGCGGUCACCCCCGCGCCCCGGGCGCCCGGCCUUAGUGCUGGCGGAGGAGGCGGCGGGCGCGGGGGCGAGCGGGCGGCGGCGGGGCCCGCGCGGUCAUGCCGUGGCUGAGUGGCGGCCGCCGGCGGCGGCGGGGCCGGCCGCGCGAGUCCUCGCGGGAAGCGCCGUCGCCGGCGCAGUCCCCGCGGGAGCCGCCGCCGCCCGCGUUCCCCGCCGCGCCCCCCGCGCCCCCGCCGCCGCGGGUCCGGGAGAGCUCCGAGCUGCCGCUGCCGGCCGGCUGGGAGGAGGCGCGCGACUACGACGGCCGCGUCUUCUACAUCGACCACAACACGCGCCAGACGUCGUGGAUCGACCCGCGCGAUCGGAUAACAAAGCCAUUGACCUUUGCCGAUUGUGUUGGGGAUGAACUUCCUUUAGGAUGGGAAACUGUAUAUGAUAAACAAAUUGGAAUUUAUUACAUGGACCACAUAAAUAAGCUUACGCAGAUUGAGGAUCCAAGAGAGCAGUGGAGGCGAGAGCAGGAACGGAUGCUGAAGGAGUAUUUAAUUGUAGCCCAGGAGGCUCUCAAUGCCAAGAAAGAAAUAUACCAGAUUAAGCAGCAGCGGUUCGAGCUGGCCCAGGAGGAGUUCCAGCAGCUGCAUAAGCUGUGGGAGGAUGAUGGCCGCUCCUAUGCCAGCUCCUUCUCUGGAUAUUCAGCAAACACAAAGUACGAUCCACACCAAAUUAAAGCAGAAAUAGCAGGUCGUCGGGAUAGGCUUUCCAGAUUAAAAAGAGAGCUGACCCAGAUGAAGCAAGAACUGCAAUACAAAGAGAAGGGGGUGGAGACCUUGCAAGAGAUUGAUCGUAAGAUGUCCAGUGCGCACACCAGCUAUAAACUGGAUGAGGCACAGGCUAUAAUGAACGAGCUCCGGACCAUCAAGAAGGCCAUUUGCACGGGCGAGAAGGAGAGGCAGGGCCUGCUGCAGAGCCUGGCUAAGCUUACUGACGGCUUCAAGAAUAGCUGCUCCAUUACUGAUGGCCUCCAAGAUUGUCCUCCCACCCUGGCUGUGCCUGGCGAUUCCUGCUCCCCUCAGCAGCUCUGUGAUGCUGGCUCACAGACCGACGUCGUCGGAGAGUUUGUCUUUGAUGAUAAAACAAGACUUGUGGACCGAGUCAGACUUAACUGGCAGUAUGAGGAAGCCAGAAAGAGAGUCUCAGGUAUCCAACAGCAGCUGGCCCAGCUGGACACUGAGUCCUGGCCGGGAAUGGCCGAGGCCGACAGGGACCGGCUGCAGCUCAUCAAGGAGAAGGAAGCCCUGCUCCAAGAGCUGCAGCUCAUCAUCCAGCAGAGGAGGUCGGCGGAAGAUGUGGCGCGGCUGGAGGAGGAGAAGCGGCGCCUGGAGGAGGAGAUCCAGCGAGCCCGGGCCACGUCCGCGCAGGGCGCCACCGAGAGGAUCCUACUUCAGGAAAAGAGAAAUUGUCUCCUUAUGCAGUUGGAAGAAGCUACCCGCUUAGCCUCCUAUCUCCAGUCCCAGUUACAAAGCCUGUCUGCCAGCACCCUGACCGUGUCCUCGGGGAGCAGCCGGGGCUCCCUGGCCUCCAGCUGGGGCUCGCUCGCCUCCAGCAGGGGCUCCUUGAGCUCCGUCAGCUUCACUGACAUCUAUGGCCUCCCGCAGUAUGAGAAGCCCGAGGCGGAGUGCGGCCAGCUUUUGCGCUUUGAUCUCCUUCCGUUCGACCCCCUAGGACGGGAUGCCGCCUUCUCAGAUGCCCCUGGCCACCCGGGCUUCAGCAAGCCACGGCGGUCCCUGGACACACCCCAGUCCCUGGCUUCCCUGUCCUCCCGCUCCUCCCUGUCCUCUCUGUCGCCCCCGAGCUCACCUUUGGACACCCCCUUCCCGCCGGCCUCGCGGGACUCCCCACUGGCCCAGAUGGCGGAUGGUUUUGAGGUGCCAGGCCUGGGCGCCCUGGACAGACUGCGGGCCCAGGCCUCUGCGUUGGGGGAUGAAGACCUGCAGGGCAUGGCGCCCCUGCCACUGCACACACUCCCGGGCGACGGGGAAGGGCUGCGCGAGCGAGGACCCCAGCUGGCUCCCCCGGGCACGGCGGUGACUCUUCGUGAAGACAGCGCCAAGAGGGUGGAGAGGAGAGCUCGCCGCGUCUCUGCGUGCCUGUCAGACUAUUCGCUGGCCAGUGACAGCGGGGUCUUUGAGCCUCUACUCAAAAGGAAUGAAGAUACCGAAGAGGCUGUGCACGGCGACACCUGCAGUCACGAAGAGCCCCAGAUCCAUGUGGGAUUUUUGCACGAUAGUGCCAGCGAAAGUCUCCUCGUGAACGUGCUCCAGCUGAAGAACUUUGCCGGGAUGGCUGUGAAGGAAGACUGCAAAAUACACAUCCGCGUCUAUUUGCCACCACUCGACUCCAGCACACCCAACACUUACUGCUCUAAGGCACUAGAAUUCCAAGCCCCGUUGAUAUUUAAUGAAGUUUUCAGAAUCCCCAUGCAUUCGAGCAUGUCGACGUUGAAGUCGCUUCAAUUAUACGUGUGCUCAGUGAAUCAUAAGCUGCAGGAAGAGCUUUUGGGCAUUGCACAGAUUAACUUGGCCGACUACGAAAGUUCCAGCGAGAUGCAGCUGCGCUGGUAUUCGGUGCAGAUCUUCACCAGCUCGGAGCCGCAGCAGGCGAGGGAGAGCGAGCAUGCGGGAGAGGCCUCCGGCUCACACGCCCCUGCGUGCUCGCUCUCGGGUCAGACGGAUGCGGUGACGGUGCUCUUGGCCAGAACCACGGCCCAGCUGCAGGCGGUGGAGCGAGAGCUGGCGGAGGAGAGGGUCAAGCUGGACUACACUGAGGAGGAGAUCCUGGAGCUGGAGCGGAAGGAGGACCAGGCGGAGGCGGCCUCCGAGAGGAGUUGGCAGGCCAACUCAGUGGACAGUGGCUGUAGCAACUGCACCCAGACUAGCCCCCUGUACCCGGAGCCCUGCUGCAUGGGCGUCGAGUCCUUCCACGGACACACACUUGCUGGACAGAUGGACCCCCAGAGCCCCGAGCAGCGCCAGCUCCCUCCUCUUAAGGUGGAUAAAGAGACCAACACAGAAGAUCUCUUCCCGGAAGAAGUGGCAAGUCUUCCGAAGGAAAGGCCCAGCCGCAGGCCCCGCGGGGCCCCCUUCGUCCGGAGCAGCACAAUCGUCCGUUCGCAGACGUUCUCACCUGGAGCACAAAGCCAGUAUGUUUGCAGGCUUUAUCGUAGUGACAGCGACAGUUCAACACUGCCCCGGAAAUCCCCCUUUGUCCGGAAUACUUUGGAAAGACAAACCCUUCGCUAUAAGCAGUCCUGUAGGUCUUCCCUGGCCAAGCUCAUGGCCCGCACCUCCCUGGACCUGGAGCUGGAUCUCCAGGCGUCUCGGACACGGCAGAGGCAGCUCAACGAGGAGAUAUGCACCCUCCGGGAACUGAGGCAGCGCUUGGAGGACGCCCAGCUCCGGGGCCAGACCGACCUUCCCCACUGGGUGCUUCGGGACAAGCGAUUCCGAAAUCUGCUGAAGGAAGCAGAGAGGCAGACAAGACAGACCAAACUUGACUACCAGCAAGAACAGGUGGCUGAGAAGAUGCUGAAGAAAGCCUCCAGAGAAAUCUACCAGCUGCGGGGGCAGAGCCACAAGGAACCCAUCCAAGUGCACACCUUCAGGGAGAAGAUGGCCUUUUUCACCAGACCAAGGGUUAACAUACCUGCUCUGCCAGCUGACAACGUUUGAUGUACUGCAUUGUACACAUGAAGUAUUUAUCUGCCUAUUUUAUUUUCAUGAAGUUCUUAGACUAGCUAAAUUUAUCUUUAAAACGUUUGUGCAAAGCUAAUAAUAUACACAUUUUGUAAAAAAAAAAAAAAACAAAACACAUAUAUCUAUACAUAUAUAUUUUAUAAUAGUGACGGCAACAGGGCUUGGUUUUUCCUUGUUGUGAAAUUGGCAUCUCUGGAGACAGGUUAUUUUAUAACAGAUCAACUAUCAUGUUAAGAGUGUACAGUUUUUAUGCUGUUUUUAUUUGACUUAAAGGCUGGAAGACAGAAACGAAGUGAGUUCAGACAAAUUCACUGUAUUGUAAUUUAUUUAUAGUACAUUUUUUUUCCUUGAAGGAAAAUACUGACUUUAAGAUGUAUUUUAAGACUGAAAAUUUUGUUCUUUGGUGCGUGUCAUGCAGUAGAAUGGGACUUUGGGGCGGUUUCGUUUCUGACACCUGAAAUGAAAACACCACGUGCUCAAUUUGUCACUCGUAUCGGUUUCUCGGAUGUGCAUUUAUCCUGUAUACUGUCUGCCUUCGCUCUCUGUGCAUCAUGUUAAAAUAGCUGCCUUGCUGUCAUUGCAACGCAAAUGCCACGUAUGCGUGUGGCAGAGCUCAGCCUCAUCUUUGUACUGUGCGCUAAGAGCUUCUCGCUUCUGUGUUGCCUUGUAAUACAUCGUGGCGUGCUCGCCGUGAGCCAGAAGCCGGCGACAGAGCUCAGCCUCCGGGGUUGGUGGGCUGGCCGCGCUGGCCACACUUGCCGAGUGAUGCCCAGCUCACCUUCUACGUCCGCACCAUCUCCCUGUAACACACCAGGAAAGUGGUGGUGGUGGAACUCCUACUCGACUGUUAUUUCAUAAAGGAAAGUGAAAGGGAAUGAGGAACGCGUGUUUUCAGUGAAACUGCUGAUGAAUAUGGCAGUUAAAACAUCAACAUGACAACCUUUGAAAAUGCUGUUUUGUGGAGGGAAGGAUAUGUGGGUAACUAGGAUUACCCCAUGAGUCAUUUAUGGCAUUGUAUUUGAUUUAAAUCACAAUAUCCCCCUUAUACUGGCCUCUGCUCAAUCUUUUCUCCAGAAAUCUUAUAGUUAGCUCAUAAGGAGAAAAAAAAAUUGUUUUCAUGUAACAAAAAUAUACCAUUAUUCUUUUAAAAUGCCAAAGGAUAUAAGUAUUUUGCCUAUUAUAUAUUUGUGAUCUAAGAACUGCACUCUUCUUUAUUAGAGGCCUUGCAUGAGAAAACAAAGUGGAUCGCACGAAACGUAAAAGAAAGCCUCACACUCUUCCUUUCUAUUUCUUCCCCUCCGUUUGAAUCGGGGUCUGUCACUUCUCAUUCAUCUGUAACUUCCCCCUCAUGUAACCAGCCUUCCUGUUUACAUUUAUGGAAAAUGAAUUUUGUAAAAGCAUUUCAUUGACACAUGACUUGUCACGGACAAUGGCAUUUGUCGGUGGUGGUGAGACCGGGCACCACAUGCUUCUCACAGUUGGCCUCUCUUGCUAGGCAUUUCUCACUUGAGUCUCCCUUUUUUUUUUUCUUUUGCAUCUCUUUUUUGGCCGAUUCUUCUAUAAACAUACCCACAACAGAGGUAGAGACCAACCCACAAAGCAGCCGUCCUCACCGGAACUGCCAGGCAGCAGGCAGCCUGGCAACCACUCUCUACACCCGGCUGCUGAAGCUUCCGACAUCGACAAAGAGUUGCCUGGUGCUGGACUCCAGGGUCUGGGGAGGGCUGAUGGUUCUGGCUCAUGCACAUGGCUCGCUUGAAGCGUGGAGAGUUCCUGGGAUGCGUGGCCCGUGCACUUCUUAUAGCAGAUGCCGCACGUAGCUCUCUCUACUUUCCUGCCAAACCACAUUAAGUAGCAAUAGCGGGGGAAACCCACUGUGCCAAUACAGAAAGCCCCCAAGCAAGUGUUUUUAAAUGAAUUCCACUGCCCUGGUUAAUACAGAUAUCCUCUUGGAGUGGUCAUCUCCCCGUCUCCCCACCCGGAGAGUUGUUUUGUGUUGUUCUUUUUUUAAUUCCCACCUUUGUCCCACGAAAAACAAAUGCAGCCCCCGCUUUGAUGUCAGACCGGUGAACACUUGUGUUUGCCCUUUCCCUGCUCUGCCCGGCGUGUUUGCUUUCACAGCUGAACGGGACUGGGACCAUGAUAAGAAAGGGAAAUCAAGACCAAGGAAGGAGGCUGAGUUGAUCGGGUCCGUGCUGCCUGUGGAUGGCCCCCCUCGGCUGCUCUCCGUCCGUGCUGCCAAGGGCAGGCGGGCAGUGGGACAGGCCGUAGCACAAAGCACCAGAGUUUGCUUCUCACUUGUGGCUGGGUUUUGCAGCUUCCCACUAGUUAAAACUGCCCCCUCCCACCCCCGAAAGUCUCACACAUCAGAAAAGUGGAGUCCUAAUGUCGAAGGGUGUUUUUGAUCUUAUGUUUGAAUCUGUUCAUGUACUGUGCUUUCUGAUGAAGAUAACUCUGCCGUGCUUUAUCAGCAAUUGUAGUCAGAAAAUGAUCUGAAUUCUGCCAUCAAGGUUCCUUAAGAACAGGACUGUGAGUAAAAGGGAAUUGGGUUUUCACUUCUUCCAAUUACUGAAUUGUUAAGCUUUGGUCGAUAAUUCCAGAAACAGAUCUUCUGUUGUGGGAAUAAGUUAUAAUCAGUAUUCAUCUCUUUGUUGUGUCACUGUUAUAAUUGUGUCAUUUGUAUUGUUUGUAUCGUUUGAAAGUAUUUCUUCUAUAAAAUUAAACUAACCUGCCUUAAGAA